AUGGCUUCUACGGACCCGGAACGCGAGCAGGAUAAUUUCUCGAGUGUCUCGUGGAGCGAGCACCCCGAAGGCGCCGCCGCCGCCAGGCUGCCACCGCAAACGAGCGACGCGGAAGGCGGUGCCGCACCGUCGACUGGCAAGGUCGGCCUGCCUCACGACGCGGCGGGCGACAGCCACAUACUCGACUGUACGGUCGGAACACCCCUCAAGGAGAAUGACGGCAGCAAGGAUGCCUUUGUGUCCUACCUGAUUACGACUCAUUCCACCUUUCCCUCGUUUCAGCGAGAAGACACCAAUGUCAGAAGACGAUUCACCGACUUUGUAUUCCUCUCGAAGCAGCUCAUGCGCGACUUUCCGGCCACCGCGGUGCCGCCGCUUCCUGACAAGCAGCGCAUGGAGUACGUCCGUGGGGACCGGUUUGGGAGCGACUUUACGUCGCGCCGUGCGCAUUCGCUGCAGCGGUUCCUCGUUCGGCUUUCGCUGCACCCGGUGCUGCGGCGCGCACCCAUUCUGCACAGCUUUCUUGAGAGUCCUGACUGGAACGCCACGGUGCGCAGCAAGACGACGCGGUCCAGCAUCCACAGCGACCCCAACGGCUCCAGCGGCGUCUUUGACAACUUUGCCGACACUUUUAUCAACGCCUUCACCAAGGUGCACCGACCCGACAAGCGCUUCAUUGAGGUCAAGGACCGCAGCGACAAGCUCGACGAGGACCUCAACCACAUUGAAAAAGUCGUCGCCCGCGUGGUCCGCCGCGAGUCGGACCUCGAGGCCGACAUGCGCGACCUGGCCGAGCAGUUCCAGAAACUCAUCACGCUGGAACCCGGCGUGGAGCCCGCCGCGCACGCCUUUGCCAUCUCCAUCGAGGACACGGCCGCCAACCUGCGCACGCUCAAGGACGUCACUGACCAGGACUACCUCGGCUCCCUCCGCGACCUCCAGGCCUACUCAUUUGCUCUCAAGAACUUGCUCCGCGCGCGCGAGCAGAAGCAGCUCGACUUUGAGCAGCUCACUGAGUACCUCAACAAGUCGACGACUGAGCGCGACCAGCUUCACACUGGCCACGCCGCCUCGGGCCCCGGCGGUUUCUUCCGCGCCAAGCUCGAGGACGUCCGCGGCGUCGACCACGAGCAGGCCCGCCGCGAGCGCACCCGCAAGCUCGAGUUGCGCGUUGAGGAGCUGACGCACGAGGUGGAAAAUGCGCGUCGCACCAGCGAUCUCUUUGACGACGAGGUCGUUCGCGAGACGGCCGACUUUGAGCGCAUCAAGCGCAUCGAGAUGAAGAGCCAGCUCGCUGGGCUCGCCGAUGCCCACGUCGCGUUUUACGGAGCUGUGAUUGAUACCUGGGAGGCGUAUAUAAAGGAAAUGGACAAGGAGGGUGUCGUGGCAGCGUGA